AUGGUUGGCAUGGAAAUACCGGGAUUGGAAAGAGAUCUUAGAGCUCUAUAUCCCGACCGUCUUGAUAGAGAUAAUAAUGUAUUGACUUUCCAAUUUAUUUUUGAUCUGGAAUUAGCUUCAGAGCGAGCAGUUGAGCCUCCUGAGAUUGUAAAGGCUAGCGACGCCCCGGGAUAUAGGGCUAUAAUAAAGUCAAAGAAGAUUCAACAAAAUCGAGAGAAUCGAGCAAAACUAACUGCAGAGAUAAAUGGGUUAGAUGUUGAAUUUGAUUUUGACACUGGUGCACAAGCGUCAUUGAUAGGAAUUGAUAUAUGGACAAGUAUUGGACGACCAAAAAUUAGGCCAACCAGUCUAUUGACUGCAUAUGAUGAUCAUCCGUUAGACGUUAAGGGCGAGACCCAAGUCAAUGUUAAGAUUGGAUCACAGACAAGGACCUUACCAGUGGUUAAAGAAUACAACUGGGGUGCCUCUUUCCCAUGGAUUAUAGCCAAUUUAGAAAUGCCUCGUCAGGAAACAAUCGAAACACAGUGUAAUCAAGAAAUUUUUGAUGAUAAGAUGGGACAUAUACGUGAUUUUGCAGUGCGAAUAUAUUUAAAGGAUACCGCUGUACCGAGAUCGUUUCCAGCCCGUGGGCUACAAUUUCCACUUCGCAAAGCAAUUGAAAUGGAAUUAGACCGAUUAGUGGCUGCAGGAAUUAUUGAAAAGAUUGAUUCGACUAUACCUAGGGUACAGUGGUCAACGCCAACCGUAAAUGUAGGCAAGAGUAAUGGCGAUAUUCGAAUUUGUGCUGAUUUCAAUGUUACACUCAGUCCAAGUUUAUUGUAUGACCCUCAUGUUAUUCCUACUUUAGACGAUUUGUUAGAGAAAAUCUAA